AUGAUAAAUUCAAAAGAAAGUGAUACAUUGCCAAAAACAUGUUUUAAAAAUAAAAAUAUAAAGCUGAUAAAAGUACCUAAAUUUGUUUCAAAUAAAUGGUUAAAAUGUAAGAAUAAAGAAGUUGUUGGUUUAUUUGAACACAAAAAUAGUGAAAUAUCAAAUUUGUAUAUACAGAAAGAUGAUAGUGACAAUGUAAAAAAAUUAACAUGUAAUAAAAAUUAUACUAUAAAUACUUAUAUAUUAAAGCAAAGUAAGAUAUGUUUAAAACCUAAUAAAGGUACUAAUCCAUCCAACAAUAAUUUAAAUAAUAAAACAAUUGAGAAUUCAAAUCAAAAUAAAUUAAAAAUUAAUAUAAAUAAUCCAAUAAAGGAAAAUUCUGAACGAAGCAAAGAGUUUGAUUAUGUUAUUUGUGCAGAUAUUAUAAAAAAUUGUGAACAUACUUAUUCCUUCUUACCAGUUUUAGAUAAAGAUUAUUCUUUAAUAUUAAAAGAAAGACAUUAUAAUACAAAUAUAAAAAAAAAUAGAUAUACUAUUAUAGAAACAAGAAAUGAAGAGAAUUUAGAAUCUUCACAAACAUUAUUUAAAUAUUAUACAUCUGAUGAUAAUAAUAACGCAAAUAAAGAUAAAAAUAAUAAAAGAGUUAUGUUAGAAAACGAAAAUAAUUUUACUUCGUCUACUUCUGCUUCUAAGCAAAAAACAAAACAAGCUAAAAAGUUUCAUGUUUUCGAUUUAGAUAAAACUAAAAUUAGUAUGUUUAAAAUAUUUGAAAGAGAAGGAAAGAAAGGCGUUCCUUUUUCUUUUUUUGCAAAAAAUUUUAAUAUUCCAUCAAAUCACAUAAAAAACAUACUAGAUGAAAUAGCUGUUAAAAGAAAAAGGAUUUCAGAUAAAAAAUCAGUAUAUUUUUUAAAAGAUUGUAUUAAUUAA